AUGCGGGACAUGGAGGACAGGUUCCUCGUCCAGAACGCCACCCUCCUGAGGGUGAGGGAAGAGAUGCUGGCAACGCGGGCAGCCGUCCGGGACUACCACAACAUGCGAGCGGCCACCUACAACAUGCAGAACCGGACGCUCGUCACCCGGACUACUGAGCUGGCUCAGAGCCGAACGGCUGCCGCCCAGCUAGUUCAGCGCGUGACUGAGCUCGAAGGCCAGCUCCGGGUUUUGGGGCAGGAGCGCGACCAGGUGGUCUCAGCGUGCAACCGGCUGGAGAAGGACCUGGUGGACCUGGCGGACCAGGCCGAACAGCACACGCAGCAGGUCCAGCAGCUGAAGGCGGACGAGGAGCAACUCAGGGCCGAGUUCGAGACCCAGCGCACAGACUGGGCCAAGAAGGAGAAGCUCCUCCAUGGCGGCUACUCUGUGAUCGAGGACAUGCUUGACGAGUUCCUCCCGGGCCACUCCGUCGCCAUCUGCAUGGCCAUCGAGGCCCAGCGCGAGGAGUAUAGGCGCAAGGGGAAGGAGAUCGCGCAGGACCGGCCUCAGACCUUGGGCGAACAGCUCAUGGCUGUCUGGAUGCGCCUCGAGCCAAUGCGCCGCCUGCUCCGCCGGCUUCAGCGCACCGAGUCGCAGGUCUUGGAGGGCUUGUGGCCGGGUGGUCAGAUCCCGCGGACUCCCAGUCGGACGGCCGACUGGCUGAAGGUGGCGGCGAACCGGCUCGAAGCCUGGAAGAGCUCUGCGGCGCGGGCUAGGGCUGCCAAGGUGCUGGAGUUCGUCAAGGCCUGGUACCCCGGCGUGCGUCUGGCACAGUUGGCGACCUUCCGUCAGGAGGCACUGCCGGAGCUGGUGGCGGAGCGCGAGGACAUCGCCAUCCGAGCGUCGGCUCUCGCCGACUACGCCGACGUCGGCGUCUUCAUCUCGGAGCGGGGAGACGACGGCGCCGACCACAAUCCGAACACGCCACCUCUAGUAUUUUCGUCCAUUUACGGGAAACCGGGCACGCGCCGGCAGGCCAUUCGUUUUGCCACCGCCAGGCAAGAACCGUACACCAUGAGCCACAAGGACGACGGCGAGGUGGGUGUCCUCGUUGAGAGCCAUGACAAUGGAUUCCGGGAGGCGGCGACGGACGACGAGGAUGGCCGCAGCGAGCAGGAGUCUUUCUUUCAAUGCCUCGAUCGCAUGGAGCCCCCCGGCGAUGCCGACCAGGGCUUCCCCUCCGACGACGGUGAGGAGGAUGGCCUCAGCGACGCUGCCCGUGUCUCCUUUGCCACCGCCGUGGAUGACCGGCUCCAGGAGGAGCAGGCGGAGCUGGACGAGGAUGAGGGAGACGAGGAGGAGGACUUGUCGACGUACGACUACGACAUGUGGAUGGAGGCGGACGAGCCCGUGCCCAUCAAGGAGCGUCGCCGCCGACUGCUCCAUGGGAUGGGCCUCAACAGCAGCAGAGAUAUCCUCCGAAGCCGCAUCGCCAGGACGAGGAACGCUUCCAGGCGUCCACCGCGGCGGGCGUUCGCGCCGAGCACCGCGCCGUCUGCGGCUUCCACGCCUCUCCAGAUCAUCAAACGGCAGCCCAGCGCCUUCCUUAAACGUUGCCGGUCGGAUAGCCGACUCGCCGUCCGAGGCGCCGCCUCGAGAAAGCUGACGGCAUUACGCCGCGUGCACUCGGCACCGCACUCUCUGCAAGGUUCGCCCAUGCACAGGGCUCUCCGAUCAGCCGCUCGUUGUCCGUUGCCAUCAGUGGCGUCCAAGGACGAUGGAGGAGGAGAAAAUAGAAACUGCAACCUAGAUGACGGCAACGUGUUCGCCGUGAACGGCAGUCAGUCCACGGACGGCGCGCGCGGCGCGGCCCACAACGCCCAUGGCUUCGCCGGGUACACCCCGCUGGUGAAACAGCUCAUGCGGCGAAGCCAGAGCCAGACUGUGAAGGCGGGGGCGGGGAACAAGGACGGCGGGAUGCCGACGAUUAAGAAACCACGGUGGCUGAAGAACAUGAAGAUCGUCGCCACAGUCGCCGCCCUCAUCCACGAGAAAGACAGGGACAGGGACAGGUCGUCCGCGCUUCCGUCCGCGAUGACCAUGUCCAAGUCCAAGUCGUCGUCGUCGGCGGCGGCGGCGGACAGCGCCUCAACGUCGUCGUCGUCCACCGAGCGGCUCAAGGUGCACCACUCCGGCCAGUCGAGCAAGGACCUGACGGGGCUGUACAUGCGGCAGGAGGUGCGCGCGCACGAGGGGUCCAUAUGGAGCAUCAAGUUCAGCGCUGACGCCCAGUACCUCGCAAGCGGCGGGGAGGACCGCGUGGUGCGUGUCUGGCAGGUCGUGCACACCGACGCCUCCCCCUCUAUCCUGACGCCGGAUCUCUCGACCGGCAAGAUUCUUCCCCCGCUGGCUCCCGCCGACGGCGGGUCCUUGGCGGGGGCACCGGGGCUGGCAGCGCUGUCGAGGAAGGUCCUGCGCGGGAAGAGCAGCAAGCACGUGCUCCCGGAGCACGUGGUGCUGCCGGAGACCGUGUUCGCGCUCGCCGAGCAGCCGGCGUGCGUCUUCGAGGGCCACGAGGACGACGUGCUGGACCUGUCGUGGUCCAAGCAGUCGUCGAGGCUGCUGUCGUCGUCCAUGGACAAGACGGUGCGGCUGUGGGACGUGGAGAGCAAGGCGUGCCUGCAGGUGUUCGGGCACAGCGACUACGUGACGUGCAUCCAGUUCAACCCGGCGGACGAAGGCUACUUCAUCAGCGGCUCGUUGGACUGCAGGGUGCGCAUCUGGAGCGUGGCGGAGCGGCAAGUCGUCGAUUGGAGCGACCUCAACGACAUGGUCACCGCCGCCAGCUACACCCCCGACGGCCAGGCUGCGAUCGUUGGAUCGCACAAGGGGUGCUGUCGGUUCUACAAGACAAGAGAUUGCAAGCUGAACCAGGAGGCUCAGAUCGACAUGAGGAUAUCCAAGAAGCGCAAGUCGCAGGCGAAGAAGAUCACCGGAUUCCAGUUUGCGCCGGGGAACCCGUCGGAGAUCCUGGUGACGUCGGCGGACUCGCAGAUCCGGGUGUUCAACGGCAUCACCGUCCUCCAGAAGUUCAAAGGGUUCAAGAACACCAGCAGCCAGCUCUCGGCGUCCUACUCCGGCGACGGCCGCUACGUGGUCUGCGCCAGCGAGGACUCGCACGUCUACGUCUGGAGACGCGCCGCCGGCGGCAUGGGCUCCGCUGCAGGAGGAGGCAUCGGCGUCAAGGCCAAGACGUGGCUCACCAGCCGCUCCUAUGAGUACUUCUUCUGCAGGGACGUGUCCGCCGCGGUGCCGUGGCCCGGGUCCUCCCCGUCGCCGCUCCCGCGCGCGGGAGACGAGCGCGCGUCGUCGAGCGUCCAUGGCGGCGCUGGCAGGAGAGCGUCGGACAAUGACCCGUUCGGCGACGGCGUGCAGCUGCCACCACGUCCCAAGUCCGGGCCGCUUACGUUCCCCGGCUCACAGGCGGAGAUGCUGCGCAUGGGGCCGUCGUCGCGGGAAGCCGGCUGCAACGCGUGGGGGAUGGUGGUGGUCACGGCGGGCCUGGGCGGGGAGAUGAGGGUGUACCAGAACUUCGGGAUGCCAGUGGGGAUCAAAGGGCAGAAGUGA